AUGCUACUUGAAGUUGGUUUCCUGAAUCACGGCUGCCGACAGCCGGACCAGAGUGCUUUGGUGCGGAGAGCCUGAGGGAAGCCCCACGAGGGCAGCGGCGAGAGCCGGUGCCUGCGGGAGAGGCGGUUAAAGAGAAGCUAUGCAGAAAUCAGAGUGCUCUGGAGGCGUGCAGUUGAGAAGCAGAGCAACAGGUAGUAAUGAUCAUCGCACAUCCUCAAGCACACAAACGAAACACAGGACUACAGUUCAGCGGAGCAAAUCCUCCUCAUUAUCCAGUUCUCCAGAGGCUGCAAGAAGGGCUCAUCCUCGGCCAAGUGAUAAACUCAACCCUAAAACCAUUAACCCUUUUGGUGAACAGCCACGGGCCCCUUCUGCAUUUGCAGCUAUUUACUCUCAAGGAGGCAUUCCUUGCAGAUUGGUACAUGGCUCAGUAAGACACAGAUUACAUUGGGAAUGCCCGCCUGAAAUUCUUCCAUUUGACCCGCUUCUAAUUACAUUAGCUGAGGGUCUGAGGGAGACCAAGCAUCCUUAUACCUUUGUGUCAAAGGAAGGCUUUAGGGAGUUACUUCUGGUCAAGGGUGCUCCUGAAAAAGCUAUCCCUUUGCUACCUCGACUGAUCCCUGUGCUGAAGGCAGCUCUAGUUCAUUCUGAUGAUGAAGUGUUUGAAAGAGGACUGAGUGCACUCGUGCAGCUGAGUGUGGUUGUUGGUCCGUCCCUGAAUGGCCAUCUGAAACUUCUGCUUACAAGUCUUUCGAAGAGGCUAAUGGACAAAAAAUUCAAAGAACCCAUCACCAGUGCUUUGCAAAAGCUGGAGCAGCAUGGCGGAAGUGCAAGUCUUAUCAUCAUCAAAUCCAAAAUCCCAACAUAUUGCUCUAUCUGCUGUUGAAUAAGGGAGGCAACAAACUGCUUCGGCAGGCAGGCGCUGGCUGUGGCUGCCUGGACCUUUUGUCAGAGUUCAGUUCAUCCUGACUCACAGCACCGUUCAUUAACUUGGCUACUCGGACCGUGCCAAGUCCAGAAGGAUCAUCGUACAAGAUGUUUGUCAACACAAAGCUAAUUAAAGUAACAUGAGUAAAAGUUGAGUGCUGUAGGGGUUUCUCGUCCAUCAUACCUGUGUGUAUAUGUUCCAGUGCAUUUUUACUUAGAGCCAUCGGAAGGUCACUUUGUAGCUGUGCCUUAUUUCAUAGGUUGGUUUUGGCCAUUUCUUGGUUUUUAUAUUUAUUAAGACUGAAAAAGUUUUAAGAUAGCAAGUAAACAUUUGUGACUUCACUAUUAGCCAGGAUGUGUAAAUGUGUAUUUUAUAAUGUGGGAAUGCUUGGGAAUAUCAGUUUUGUUCUGAAUAUUCUAGUUUUAAAAGCUUGUUUUAAAUGAAAAUUCUAUUACAAGUUUGUUGUUUAUUACAACUUUUUAAACUACCUAAACUUUAGGUGUUAAUUAUAAUUAAGUAAAUGCUAUUUUUGCAUUUUGUAGCCCCCAGAUACUGAUGAUGUGUAUGUAUGUAUGUGUGUAUGCAUAUAUACACACAGACAUUCAGAAAUUAAAAUUUUAAAACUUACAUCUAUUCAGUGAUAUUGUAGUUGUACUUAUAUGUGUUUCCCAGUUACUUGGUGUGUUAAAACAUAGUUUAUGGACACAGCCCAGAGUUUCUGAUAAGCUAGUAACUUACUCUAUAUCAUUCUGUAGGAGAAAGGAGUAGAGGAAGGGAAAUAGAAAAUGGGAGGAAGGCCUCUGAGUGGCUGUAGGCACUUGAAUAGUCACGACAAAUCCAAAUUAUAGCCCCUCAUUGGACAGCAUGGAGACAGGCAGUCACUGCACGUACUCGAAACACUGGAUAGAUGACGCUCUUACCCUUGGUCUCUCCCACAGACAUCUGGGUGACCUUUAGCAAUUCUUCUUUCAGAUAGUUACACAGCUGUCAGUUCAAAGAAUACAAGCAAUUACACCAUACUACAGACAUGCCCAUUCUUUCCCAGGGUUUCUUUUGUCAGGUCUAUAGUACCUUGUCACAUUCUCAUACCGUGCCUUCUACAGCAGCUGCCUGAUUUCAGUCUUGCUUUAAGAUUUCUUUGUAGGCAAUACUACCCAAAG